UCCUCCCUCUGUUACGGACCUGGUCGAGCCGAGCCCGCUGAUUCGCUGUAAUGGCACCCUCGCUAGUAAUCGAUCUGGAGUGACCCGGCGGGGGAAGGGUGUUCUGAUAUGAACGAUGUCAGUAAUGUCGGGUAUCGGGAUGAAGGCUGCAGUCUCCUGCUUUGCCAGGCUCUCUCCUCUGCGAUUCUGCUCUCAGCAGCAGCAGUGGCUGUUAAGCAGGACUCUGUGUUCCUAUAAGCACGGCUUAUUGACAACACGUCCCGGGAUAGUCCGGAGGAGCAGCACCUCCACCCUGCAACAAGAGUGGAGCCAAGACAAAAUACUCCUCAGCAAGGCAUGCGUGAAGAGACUGCAUGAAAUCUGUGACGCAGGAGAAUUCCUCCGAGUGCAGGUGGAAGGAGGAGGCUGCUCGGGGUUUCAGUAUAAGUAUUCCGUGGACACCAUCAAAAACGAAGAUGACAGGGUGUUUGAGCAGGACGGGGUGGCAGUCAUCGUUGACCGGGACAGUCUGGAGUUCAUUAAAGGGGGGACUCUGGAUUUCAGCCAGGAGUUGAUCCGCUCUGCCUUCCAGAUCGUCGGGAACCCGCAGGCUGAGCAGGGCUGUUCCUGCGGGUCCUCCUUCUCUGUCAAACUCUAAGUGUCAGCCCCUGCAUGCUGGAGCCCUUCAAGCGAGCCUGCUCCUUCUAGACACUGUUGCCAUCCAGAUAGACUCGGGCUCAUAACUUGCUGGCUGUAGUUAAGUGAAGGCAAGGCUGCAUCAGAGGCUGUUAUCUGUACUGCUUCCAAGGGCUGGCGUCGUCAGUCUUUGCCACUUUAAUUUCCGGAGGUUACCUGGCUGUGCCAAACGCUGACACAUGGAAAAUAAAUAGGACUGUCGGCCACAGGUUCAAGGAAACUCUUUCAAUUCUUUGGGAUUGAACUUCAUUAAAUAUUUGAAUUCACAUCAGAGUAUACUGAAGUCCAUUUUAUGCCUAUAUUGUUUGCAAAAAUCUAUUCAUAAAUGCAAACUUGCAGUGGCAACAAAAUAGCCAAGGGAAACCAGCUGGGUUUCAGCAGUAAAAAUUGGACAUGAGUGGCCCCCUGAUAGAAUGCAAAUAAUGAUAAAUUGUGAAGCAGCCCAUUGUGAAUGGUGAAUAGAGCUGCCAUUUGAUUAUCUCAGGUUUUGCAUGGCUGGUUUUGGUUUCACAGCCCCUGAUUGGCUCUAGUCUUGGAUUACCUUACCUAAGAUAACGUUAGCUAGUCGAAGGUUUUUUGCUGGUCAGGGAUUGUGAACCCAGCUUGUUUUAAUAUCAGCCCGAUAGCUGAGGUCGGGAGUGUGUGUCAGUGAAAGGUGUUUUAUGUCACUCUACAUACUGUGCUCUUUAACACGACUGUCUCUUGCAGUGCCAGCUUUAAUAUAACGAACUAUAGACACAUUAAAGCUAUUUGCUCAAUUAAAUGCACUUUAAACAUUUUGAUACUUAAUAAUGUUUAAGUUGUUUUCUGUCUGCGGCUGCAUUUUAAGUCUUGCAUUAGAAUUCCAAACUACGAAAAUCAAAAUCUCCUUUCAAUAAGAUGCACAGGUCAGCUUUAAAUUCCUAAAGUGAACUGCUACUGUCUGUUCAUUUUGACUAAAUGUGUAAUAAAUUAUACAUUUGUUCUAUAAAAUGUAAAAAAGUAUUUUUUGAAAAAUAAAGGAGUGUAUUGAAUGGU